GGAGGGAGGCUGCGGAGGCCCUGGUUAAACUGGAACGAGGCGCGGCAUCGUCCCGCGGUCCCUGCCCCGGGGACUCUGACCCCGAGGGGAGCGGAGCCGGGCGGUGCCGAGCAGCCCCACAGCCGCUGGGACGGAGCGAGAGAGGAGCCCGGCAGCAUGGAUCCCACUUUGGAGCUGGCAGAUGACCCCAGGUUCUCCCGCCCUUUGGUGGAGAUGCUGAUCAGGAACUUCAGCGUGCCGGCAGCCUGCUUCUCCCUGCCGCCCACCUCCCGGCAGCUGCUGCACCAGCUGGACAUGGCCCAACUCAUCAUUCUGGGCCUCUGCACCAUCAUGACACUGCUGUCGGUCGUGAUCUACGCAGAAGAGGUUUCGUACCUCUUCCGCAAGAUCCGCUGCCCGAUCAAGAUGAAGACCCUCUGCUGGAGCAGCUCAGCCCCUACGGUUGUGUCAGUGGUCAGCUGCUUCGGCCUGUGGUUCCCGCGCUCCAUGAUGGUGGUGGAGAUGGCUACCACGGCGUACUUCGCUGUCUGCUUCUACCUGCUGAUGAUGGUCAUGAUUGAGGGCUUUGGGGGAAAGGAAGCGCUGCUCAGCACCCUGAAGGACGUGCCCAUGGUGGUCAGCACUGGGCCCUGCUGCUGCUGCUGCCCCUGCCUGCCCCGAAUCACCAUGAGCAGGAAAAAGCUUAAAUUGAUGAUCCUGGGGACUUUCCAGUACGCCUUCUUCAGGGCAGUCGCUGUCUUCCUGGGGCUGAUCCUGUCUGCCGACGGGAAUUACAACCCUGCUGACAUUUCCGAGGAGAGCGUGGCCCUCUGGAUCAACACCUUGGUUGGUGUCUCCACGCUCUUUGGGCUGUGGGCCCUGGGCAUCCUCUUCCGGCAGGCCCGGCUGCACCUGGCUGAGCAGAACAUGCAGGGCAAGUUCACCUGCUUCCAGAUCCUGCUCCUCCUGACGGCGCUCCAGCCCGCCAUCUUCAGCAUCCUGGCCAACAGCGGCAGCAUCGCCUGCUCGCCGCCCUUCUCCUCCAAGGCCAGGUCGCAGCAGAUGAAUGUGCAGCUGCUGAUCCCGCAGACCUUCAUCCUGGCGGUGCUGACGCGCAUGUACUACCGCAAGCAGGAUGACAAGCCGGGCUACCAGCCCGCCAGCUCCGCAGCCGCAGCCGCCGACGCCAAGGCGUGAGCAGGAGGGAGAAACUGGGGUGCCAAGGGGCAGAGUGGGGUGAGGGGCUGGUCUACCCUGCACAACCUUCUCGUCCUCCCCUGGCCCUGGGGAGCUGCUGGCAGCAGAAAAGGCAGAAGGGAAAAGAGCAUCUUGGGACGAAUGAAAGGGUGCGAAACCUGAAAGCCAUAAGCCAAGGGGGUCCAUGGAGCCACCUGCAGCCCGGAGGCUCUUGUCUAGCACUGAGUAAAGAUAAAUUUUUACUGGAGUCCUGCACUGGUGACUGGGUUCAUCUUACCUCUGCCUAGGCUGGGUGGGAGAUGACUCCAUACAGGGGGAAGAGGAUGGAGCCCAGAGUAACAGCCACGACAUGAGACUGUCACGGGAUGCCCAACACCCAGCUGUGACUCUGAGCUUUGGGUGCCUGCUGCUGGCUGGGGUCCCACAGCCAAGGCAAGCCCAGGCCAAUGGUGAUUUCUCCCAAGACAUCAGGAUGGGUCUGACCUGUCCCUGGGGCCUGCUCUCCAUGGCACUGGCUGCUCCAGAAAGCACACAGGGAGCAUCCAUACCUGCCAGUCAGGCACCAGGCGAAGGAAGGAGCCUUGAUGCACCUUCGUAACACUGGCAAUUAGUUAGUGCUGCCUCAACCAGCCAGUACCAGUACCUGCUCUAGACAUGGGUAUGGAAAUCAGGAGCAAUGACAAUUUGCAGAAACCACUGGGUAAUCUUUUGACCCCAAGUGUUCAUUACAGACACCAGAAGCACAACUCAGAUCACGGUUUCAAAUGAGCAGAUCAUGUUAAAAAGCUGCAGUACUCUCCAAUGCUCUUGCUUCUACCGCCAUCCCUGGUACCUCUCAAUUCUGUCCUGUUGCUGCUGUUCUCUGCCAUCAGAAAAUCCUUUCCAGAGGCUCACAUCCCAGAUCCACAAAUGAUGUAAAAUAGGGCUGUUUCAUAUGACUAGAUACCUCUAGAUUUGGCAGCAUCAAACUCCACAGGGUUCUUCACUACAUGCUAGUAAAGUUUUGUUUUUCCACUGCAUCUUUUACUUCAUGUCUCUUCUGGAUGCUUCUUUUGAAGAGUGAGGGAUGGCUUAGAAGUGUGCAGGACAGCCCUGAAGCAGCAGAAUUGGGUGUAUCUGUGGGAAUGGGAUGAUCCUGGGGAAAUUGCUGAAAGAUCAAGCUCUUACCUAUUCCUGAUAGAAUGACAGUGCUGGAGAAGACUGGUCCAGCAAUCCAGGAGAAAACAAAACAAAGAAAAAAAAAGACUAGGCUAGGAUUUCAGUGUCCAAUUUAAUUUCAGUGCAAGGAGGAAGCAGAGAUUAUUGGCUACAAGAAACAGCUCUGUUAUUCCAAGCUACAUGUAAAACCAUGGCUGGCUUCUUACUAACCACCCCAGAUUUUGCAGAGAGACCAAGCAUGUUAAGGUCUCUGCAGAACAAGCCACCAUCCAGAACACCACAGUUACCCAAACUUACAGAACACUUUUGCAUAACUUGUGUUUAAAACAGUAGUAAGGCUCUAAAGCAGCCUGGCCUUUGUGAUCUGGCUCAGGGAAGCAACCGCAACAUCCAUAUUGAGGGAAGGGUGAGGAAGGGAAGAUGAGGGAAGAGUCAAUGUGAGUGAUACAAAGUAAGUGUUCUACCACUCAUAACCAGAGGAAUAACAACUGGCUUCUACCACAUGACUGUUAUUUGCUCCUUACAGUUUAAAAUCCACAGCAGCCAGCCAUGCUCCCACAGCUGUGCACAUCCCUGCUGAAAGAGGUCCAAGUGGCAGAUUAAUGAUCCCCAAAAUACCCUUUCCCAUACCAGUUCUGGCCUCAAGAGAAGCACAGAACCUCUGUCAAGCCCUUUGGGCAGCGUGACAAAAGACCACCAAGACAAAAGCUGAAAAGAAGCUGCAGUUCCUACCACAGGGCCACCACGUGCUCUGGAAGCAUCACAGCGUGCAGAGCUUGUGGCAGCACUUGAUGAGUUUCCUCCUUGCAUGUGCUGCUACCCAAGCCUCAGAUCCUGCUCUGGAGACACCCCUGCAGCAUUGCUGAUAGGGCUCUAAGCUGUCCUCUAUUCCCAGCACUACAGGAUACAGACAACUCAGCCCAGCAGCUUCACCCAGAGACAGUGGGUAUCAGAGGCAAACCCUGGCAGAAAAGCUCCACAGCUACAUGACAGCAAGGCCAGUUUCUCCAGUGCUGGCUGCAGGACAGGGUGCACUGACCUGCUCUGCUUAGCCCUGGGGAGGCAAGUCCCCUUGGGGUGCCACAGGUCACAAAGCAGUGUGUAUCACAGACACGACAGCAGGCACAACUUGGACCAUGGACUCAAACGAGCAUUAUGUGUUUAAAUACCUUAAAAAGCUGCAGCACUCUCUGAUGCUCCUUCCAUCCUACCUCAUGGAGCAGAGUGAGCAGGCAUGGAUUUGUGCUGUACUGCACAAGCCAGGUAACUGUCACACAGGACUGGGGCCCUUCAUCUGUCCAGCUGCACACACUGACAUCAGCAGCAAACUGGCUGCUUUGCCCUUAGAGCAGGGACUUCACGGCACCAGUGUGAAGGAUUCCUCCAGCCCCUAAAGCACAGCAACUGAAACACAGACAAACACACACAGAGCACAGUGCUGAGGGACCGUUUGGACACACACUAAAACGUGUAACACACCACAGACUGGAACAAGGAACUUCUCAAGAGACUACACACAUUCGUUUCCUACCUGGGUCUCACACACCCAAGGAAAUGCACGACAGCAAGUGCCCUGAAGCAAAGAUUAAUUUUCUUCUCUCCAACAGCAACUGAGGGCUCAAUUUUAGCUCAGGAUUUUGCAGUCUUGUUAAGAUUAGCUGGAAAGGCCUUUCCUCUGCAGCCCCUCUACUGUUUGGAGCUGUGAAUGCUGUGCACUUAUGGGGUGUGCCACUCUACAGUGCUGCAAGUCCUUCCCGGGUGUAACUCCUGCGUGCCAAGCUGGUACCCCCUGCCCAGCACGUCCUCACUGCAACACGCUGGGAAGCUCAGUUAAGGGGCAUGCAAGCACUGCAGGGUCUGCUGGAUAGAUUCCUAUCAGCUCCAGCCCAGCAGGGAUGUCUCUAUUUCCUAGAAGCCUCCUUACACCACUGCUUUGUGCGUGCUCUCGAGGUCAUGCUGGUUGAGGAACUGAGGGGUCUUUCUUUUGGCAGUGGCACAGAUACUGCCUGGGGGUGGGGGGCAUAAGACAGAGGAGCUGAAGGAAAGAAGAGACGGAUGAGUCUUCCCACUCUCUCUCUUGCCUGGAGGUUCAACAAGGGAAAAGAAACCAAAACAAAAG